AUUUACUAAUAGAUGUCAGUGUCAUUCAUCAAAAGAAAAGUUGAAAAAUAAAAAGUAAUCGAAAAUAAACAACAGUUUUCAUAAUGCUUAAACCUAAAGCUUUGACACAAGUGCUUAGUCAAGCAAAUACUGGAGGAGUAGAAAAUACACUGUUGCUGAACCAUCAAGGCGCUCUGCUGGCUUAUUCAGGAUAUAAUGAUAAAGAUGCUAGGGUCACAGCUGCAAUUGCUAGCAACGUUUGGUCAGCAUACGAAAAGCAAGGCAGGAAUGUUUUUAAAGAAGACAAAUUGCAUCUCAUUUUAGUUGAUUGUCAAAAUGGUAAAAUUGCAAUAACACAAGUAGCUAAUUUAUUGUUAUGUUUAUAUGCAAAAGAUACUGUUGGAUUUGGUAUAUUGAAAGAAAAAAUAAAUGCCAUUGCACAAUAUCUGGAAGGACCUCUUAAGCAGGUAGCAAGUUCUUAACUUUAUAAUAUCUAUUUUAUGUAUAAGAUAUAUAAUGUAAAUAAAGAAAUUUUGUAAAUGAUUGUCAAAUUUAUUAUUGUUUUAUGUAUAAAUUGUUUGUAAUGAAUGUAUUCAACUUAACAAUUAAGUG